UGUUAACCAAUAAGCACUCGCUGUAGGAAUAAUCCAUCAGAUAAGAUUGUAAUCGCUCUGCGCGGGAUUGCCCAUCUUUAUCUCAUGUCAUGAUCUUGACAAUUACCACGAAGAAGAGUUCUCCUUUUGCUCGAAUAGGUCUAUUCCAGACCUUGUUGUGCUGUGGUGUUAACCAACAAGCGCUCGCUGUAGGAAAGCUAGACUACGCUCGUUCCUGUGCACUGAUUUGUAGAAGCGAAGCAAAAUGGCGGAUAACCGAAGAGUAGGCAUAGCGAUCAUUGGUAUCGGACGGGCAGGAACAAUUCAUGUCAACAACUGUAUAUCAAACAGGCGUGUUGCGCUUAGAUAUGUUAUUGAUAUAGACGUAGAAAAAGGGAAGAAAUUAGUGGCAGACUUAAAACUUGAUAGGACGACCGUGCAUCCGCCAAGCGAAUUCAGUUCUGUCUUAGCUGAUCCAGAUUUACAUGGCGUGAUUAUAUCAACUAUAACAAGCACCCAUGAAGAAUAUGUCCUGAAGUGUCUUCAUGCAGGCAAAGCUGUUUUUUGUGAAAAACCUUUAGCUGAAACUUAUGAAGGAACAGAAAGAUGCUACAAGAUUGCUGAAGAGAAAAAUAUCCCUUUGCUUUGCGCUUUCAAUCGGAGAUUUGACCCAACUCACAGCAAAGUUCGCGACGAAGUCAAUGCUGGUAAGGUAGGCCAGUUACAAGUUAUUAAAACAUGUAGUCGCGAUUCACCCUUCCCGCCCCUAGCGUACUUGAAAUUAUCGCACGGUAUUUUUCACGACUGCGGUAUUCAUGACAUUGAUUUAGUUAUGUGGAUUGCGCGUGAAAAGCCCGUUACCGUAAGCGCAAUGGGUCACGCAUUCUGCAGUGAUAUCGCAAAGAUGAACGACGUGGAUACUGUUGCCAUAACAAUGAAGUUUCCAAGCGGUUUAUUAGCGUUGAUAGAUUUAAGCAGAUUGGCUACAUACGGUUACGAUCAGAGGUUGGAGGUUUUUGGUAGUAAAGGCAUGCUAGAGAGCAAAAAUCCUUCAAAAUCAUCAGUAUGCUUUUCAGAUGGCAAUGCUAUAGCAUGUGACAUACUCGAGUACUCGUUCAAUACAAGGUAUGCAGAGGGCUAUCGUAGGGAACUAGACCAUUUCUUAGAUGCUUUGAAUGGACAGAAGAUUUCUAUCAGUUCAGAAGAUACCCUAAGUGCCUGCAAGAUUGCACAAGCUUGUGAAGAUUCGUUCAGAUCCGGUAAUCCUGUUAAUUUGGUAUGGGAUUAGAUGGUAUUGUAUUUUUAUUGAUUUUAGAAUUUGCCAGAUACAUGGUUUUUCAUCUUAUUUCCUUAAUCAUCUUCAUAUUUCAUAUAAAGCGAACAUGUAGAUCUUGUCAA